AUGGCUGCUAUGCCUAUCUGCAGAGACUGCUUCUCGGGCACGCUCCGUGGCGACGCCGCCCCGACGGGUGGGGAGGAAGUGCUGCACGGCCUGCCGACGUACGUCGCAGUGCCGGGGCCGGGUGUGGAGCCGCUCGGCGCUGUCGUCAUCAUCCCCGACGCCUUUGGCUGGAAACUGCGCAACACGCGCGCCCUGGCCGACGCGUACGCUCGGCGCAUCCCCGCGACCGUGUACGUGCCGGAUUUCAUGGACGGUGAGACGCUUGGCCACGCGCCGCCCGAGUCCACCAUGGUCCUGCUCGAAUCCAAGCCCGCGGCCGCCGACAGCUGGAUCGUGCGGCGGCUGAAGCGAGCUUGGUCGAUCCUGCAGGUGGCCCCUAGCAUGGUGUCGUUCGCGUACAACUGCCGCGCAUCGCUGGUCAAGCCCCGGAUGCUGCCAUUCUUGAGCGGCGUGCGCGCUGGGGCUGACGGCGCGCCGGGUCUGCAGAAACUCGGCGUCGCCGGAUUCUGCUGGGGCGGGCUUUAUGCCACGAUGCUGACGCACGACGUGGCCGAGAACCGCGUCACGGCCGCCGGCGGGCGCGAGCACCCGCUCGUCAACUGCGCGUUCACGGCACACCCGAGCCUACUAAGCCUACCGGCGCACAUUGCGGGCGUCGCGCAGCCGCUCAGCGUGGCCAACGGCGACGACGACGAGUGGAUGGGCCGCGCCAAGAUGCAGCAGGUCGUUGCGCUGCUCGAGGCCAAGAACGCCCAGGCCGCUCGCGACGUUCACGAGGUCGUCAUCUACCCGGGCGCAAAGCACGGGUUCGCGGUGCGCGGCGACCGCGAUGACCCGCAGCAGAGGGAGAGGGGCGACCAAAGCGAGGACCAGGCCGUCAGCUGGUUCCAGCGGCACUUUGAGGCUGCUGAGCUGGGCGUUAGAAGCGCGUAG